UGGUCGUUGCUGUAAACAAGAGCCUAUUAGCUGGGGAAAUGUCUUCGAGGACGGGAAACUUUAAAAAUCCAUUCUCCAGACCAUGGAUGACCGAGACAGGUGCAGCGGCUGCGGCAGGAGGCUCAGGAUCCAUUGGUUUGAAAGGCGUAGUGGCCGGCGGUAUAACUGGUGGCAUUGAAAUUUGUAUUACAUUCCCCACAGAAUACGUAAAAACACAACUGCAGUUAGACGAAAAAGGUGGUACUAAAAAGUACUCUGGCAUAGUGGACUGCGUGAAAAAAACUGUCCAGGGACACGGAUUCUUCGGUCUUUACAGAGGUCUCAGUGUGCUCUUGUAUGGAUCUAUACCCAAAUCUGCGGUCAGAUUCGGAGUAUUCGAGCAAGCAAAACUCUACAUGGUAAAAGACGAUGGUACCCUCUCCACGACUGGCAAACUCGCGUGCGGUUUGGCAGCGGGUGUGGCCGAAGCCAUACUCGCCGUCACACCAAUGGAAACAGUGAAAGUCAAGUUUAUUAACGAUAUGAGAUUGGAAAAACCACGGUUUCAAGGGUUCGUGCAUGGUGUUAGGACUAUUGUUCGGGAAGAGGGAAUCGGCGGGGUCUACAAAGGUGUAUCAGCAACAGUGAUGAAGCAAGGAAGCAACCAGGCAAUAAGAUUCUUCGUGAUGGAAUCACUUAGAGAUUGGUACAAGGGAGGUGACAGGGACAAACCAGUGCCUAAGUACAUCGUGGGACUGUUCGGUGGUAUUGCUGGAGCGGCAUCAGUCUUCGGCAAUACCCCAAUAGAUGUAGUAAAAACAAGAAUGCAAGGUCUCGAAGCUUCUAAAUACAAGAACACACUAGACUGCUUCAUCAAAACUUGGAAACACGAAGGUUUCUUCGCGUUCUACAAAGGUACAGUACCUCGUCUUAGCAGAGUUGUCUUCGAUGUCGCCAUAACUUUCACUAUAUACGAUAGCAUCAUGGACAUAUUCAAUUAUGUAUGGAAGUAAAUGAAUUAAGCGAUUUUUUAAAGAUCGCGGUUAGUUGCACUUUAUCGAUAUAUAGUGUUGCGUAGCUAUCGACAAUUUUUCAGUGAUAUCGAUAGGACUGUCGGUAAAAGUAUAGA